GAAAAGCCGGAAGUUCUUCUUCGUGCAGCCACAACUGUCCACUCACAUUUUCUCCAGUGCUUUUACUCAAGCCACUUCUCAUUUCUAGUCUAGUUAUGUCCGCGCAUUAGCGUCUUCUUAAAUUGUUUCUCGUUUGGCGCUGCCUAUUCUUUUCGUAUUUAAUUAUUUUUAUUGUUUUCGCAUUCCGAUUGGAAUUUCGUGAUAGGCUGAGUCACCUACCUACCUACUGUUCGCCAGCUGGAGCUCUCCAACUCUAGCCCCGUUCAGUCGUUGGCUAGAAGAUAAACGGCGCAACGGACGGACGACGGUGGCGGCGUCGAUUCGAGCUUGCAUUCCUCAGUGCCAGUUUAUUUUCUUGUGUGCGGUUUCACUCUCAAAAAAGAAUUGGUUAAGAAUAAUAAGACAAGAGUACGCGCUGCGUUUGGAGUUAUUAGUGCGUUUAUAGAUGAACGUUGAUGCAACCCCGAUCGCGAGUGCAGUGCCAGUGCUAGAGUGCCAGAAAUAUUCAGAAGCUGAAAAUGUCGGGCGCAUCUCCAUCCAAGGAGAAAUUUUGCUCCAUAAUUGGCGAAAUUGUUGAUAAAACAUGUGACAUCAUCGUUGACACGGAGGAGGCACUUGAAUAUGACGCUGUAGAGCUCACCGUACUAUUAAAAUCAAUAGGGUUUCGAUUGAUUUCCUUUGAAUUCGAAACAUCACCUGAAGUUGAUUCUAGUGAUAUCGAAAUGGAAAUCCGAUGUAAACGUUCAGGCAUUACAUCAAAAUUAUUAUUGAACGCGAAAAAAUGUACUUGUCCUGAGCGAAAUAAACAAGCAGAAAACAACAACUCAUAUUGGGAGAUUCAAGGCAGAGGUCCUCAAACACCAGUUUCUAGGUUUAAGGGAAUAGUGAAAGACACAUCAUGCGAUCUCCUGCCUGAUAUUAGUAGGAAAUCUGCAAACAUCUCUAGGACGACUCUGGCAAUGCUUUUACAAAAUUACCAAAACGAUUUCUCGCCGGAUAAGAGUAAAGGAAACAAGAUAGAUGUGAAAACAUUUGCUGACUACCUCAAUAUCAAAAUGCCAAACAAUGGAGAACUGUCUUCAGCGUCGAGAACAACAAGUUUACCUUCUAUUGUAGAAAGUGAUGCACAGAUGCAAAAGUCUCAAAGCGCAAAUAAUUUGACCACUGCAAACUCUAACCCACAUUCAGAUGCCAAUGCUGCAACUAGUGGGGAGCCUGAAAGUUGCGAAAAUGGGAAAAUAAGUGAUAGUGACAAAAAUGCUGACGAAUCGUUAACAUUCUCAACGUUAUCUAGUCUCAAAUCUGAUUCAAUUGAUUUGGAUGAAUUGAAUUUCGAAUUCGAUUACGAGCCGAAUGAAAAGGAUCGAAAUUUAGUCCAGAAAAUAUUGAAAGCUCGAAAAAACUUAGAUGUAGCGCUUAAGCUCAUUAAAUCUAAACCUAGCAGUAUAAAUAUUAAUCAACUAUCAGAUAUCAAAAUCACAGAAAUUGUAUUAACACCACCGAAUCCAAAAGUGCCAUCACGGUCCACUAUUAAAACUAGGAGAACUUUUCCUGCCAUGCAAACUGGGCGCAGGUCAUCUAUUGGAAGUUCCACAGAAAGUCCAGCGAAGUUUUCUCCACAAACACCAAAAACAUUACCAAAGAACAGAAUAAUAAAACGUGAAAGCUUUAAAUCUUCAGAAAAAACAAAUACGCCAUCAAAAUCGACGACGCCGCUGCGCAGAACAUCAAGUGGAACUAAUCUGAGACCAAACACUAACAAUUUAACCAAAGGACAUGUUACCAAAAGUAAUGCAACUAAAUUUAAUAUGUCAAAGAAACUGUGAAAUCUAUAAAUUGUCAAAUUUAUAUAUUUAUGCAAAUAUGAAAUACAUAUUCAGUUAACAUUCAA